AUGGUUUUGGCGAAAAUGGCAGGUUCCGGAGACAUUGCCUGAGGAGGUUCUGGGCAAGAUGGGUGCUCCGGCGAAGAGCGAUGUGCCGAUAAUCACUCCGAAUGAGCUCGUGGAGGCCGAUGGCAUUAUGUUCGGCUUCCCGACCCGGUUCGGGAUGAUGGCUGCGCAAUUCAAGGCCUUCAUGGACGCAACCGGCGGCCUCUGGGGCUCGCAGAAGCUGGCAGGCAAGCCCGCGGGGAUCUUCUACAGCACCAGGUCUCAAGGAGGUGGACGGGAGACCACUCUAUUGACCGCGAUCACCCAGCUGACCCACCACAGCAUGAUCUUCGUCCCCGUCGGGUACACCUUCGGGGCCGGCAUGUUCGAGAUGGAGAAGGUGAAGGAGGGGAGCCCAUACGGCGCGGGGACUUUUGCCGGCGACAGCUCAAGGCAGCCUUCGGAGCUGGAGCUCGGGCUUGCGUUCCACCAGGGCAAGUACUUCGCCGACACCGCAAAGAAGCUUAGGGCCUCUGCUUAAAAUUUCUGCUCUGAUGAUAUGGAAACUCCGUGCAUCUGUUCUCUUCAAAUUGCCUCGGCUUGCUACAUCCACAUUGUAAUAAGUGCUUUUCAAGAUGAUGAAAUAU